AUGUCUAGCACACCAUCGGACGAGGAAUUUGGCGAGGACAUCAACAUGCGAUUGGGACAGGAGCUGAGCAUGUUGCACGACACACAAGGUACGUGAAAAUGUUUUAGGACGAUUCUCUGAAAGGGGAACGACUUUGAAUCUCAAAAAAAACAGACGAUUUGACGGCAUAUUCGGCCCGUUUUUCUUCAUUCUAACCUCAAAAAAGAAUUGCACGUGUGUUUUCAGUGCUUCUGCUCGCAGCCCGUCGCAAUCGUUUGCCCGCAGAACGUCCCACUGAUCACGAGUUUGCCUUCUUCCCGGAGCUCUGGAAGAGCGCGGCAUCCGUCGAAGUCUUCCUUCUCAUCAGAAACACGACGCUCGCCGCCUGGAUGCGGAAUCCGCGGAAAGAGUGCACCGCGUCAGACGUGCGAUACUAUCUCAACCCGCCGUUCAACGCGGAUCUGGAUCUGAUCCAGAACAUUGUGAACUAUCUGAGCCGAUACGGGCUCAUCAACGUCGGGCGCUACACGCGAUUGACAAAGAUCCACCGACUUUUGGCACGUGCCGAACGGUUGGUGAUCGUGAUCGGAGCUGGAGCCGCCGGAAUUGCUGCGGCCACACAGCUUCACUCGUUUGGAUUUGACGUGAUCGUCCUAGAAGCACGGGUAAGAUAGAAACUUAUAGUUUCUCAUCAAAAGUAUACUUUUCUUGCAGAACCGAGUCGGAGGACGUGUCGAGUCUAUCGUCCACGAUGGAAAUAUCUUGGAAACCGGAUGUGACACUCUGCGGAUGAUUGGUACAAUGUUCCUGUUAGAACCGAAUGAUCACAGAGCGUGCUUCAGAUAACUCCCCACUCGCCAUUCUGCUCCACCAAGUACCGCUCACGCAACACGUAGUCCUGGAAAACAAACAUGUUUUCGUGGACGGAAAACCGAUCGAUGUGAAUCGGCAUCGUCUGAUUGCCGAGAUACACAAGUAAGUAAUCUGAACGCUUCCCCAACCACGUCUGAUUUCAGCAACCUCCACGGAGCACUCGAAUAUCUGGCCCAUCAGCACGAGCACCGCGACGAAGAUGGCAUGCACGUUUCGCGACAGAGAGCAUACGAGAACAUCUUCAAGUAGGAACUCUAACAAUGAAAACCAAAACUAUGUACAAACAAUUUCAGCAUCAUGGAGAGGCAAACAAUGAUAAACUACUACAAUUAUGCAAAGACGGCCGCCGAAAUUGCUCAGAAAAGAGAGAAACACUACAACGCUUUGCAAAAUCUCCGAAACGCUGCUAUGCAGGCGGAAGAAAGCCUCAACAAAAUGGGACCGGAGCACGAUGACAAACUGUUGCGGAGAUCUCUGAAGUUUGACAUUUCUCGCUCGCUGAAGAAAUUCGACGAGGAAAUUGAGGCGCUGGAGUUGUGCGAGCAGCACCUUGCCGCACACAAGAAGAACCCUUCGUGCAAACAGUACAUGAACCCUCACGAGUACAAGAACUUUAAUUUCUUGCUUGGAGUCGAGGAAUACAUGUUCGGUGCGACUUUGGAAAAAGUUCAGUUCUCCGCGGAUUCGAAUAAGAACAGAAAACAAGGAGUCGCGUGCAAAUGUAAGUUUUGGAGCUGUCAUCGCAGUUUUAUCAAAAUCUGUUGUUGCAGUGAAGGAAGGAAUCGCCACUCUUCUGCAGCAAGUGGCCGAGAAGCGCGAGCUGGACAUCCGUCUCAAGCACCGUGUCCGGGAGAUCAACUACAACGAGCACGAGAAGAUGGUUGUGAAAGUUGAAGUCGAAAAUGGAGGAGUGAUGGAAAUGAGAUGCGCCGCUGUUGUCUCCACACUUCCGAUUGGUGUCUUGAAACAGUGAGUCAACACUUAUAUCUUAUUCUUUCACAAUUUCAAAAUUGUGAUUGCAGAGGUCUGCUUGGAGAUAAAAGAGUCCCGCAGUUCGUUCCACCGCUCCCGGAGAAGAAACAAAAGGCGAUCAUUGGAUUGGGCAGAGGCCUAGUGAACAAAGUGAUAAUGGUGUUCGAGAAACCGUUUUGGGAGAAUGGCGAACGUUCCCAAUUUGCUACAAUCUCUCCUUCAAUGUGAGUUUACUUGAUUUAAAGGACAUACUUCAAAUUAUUUCUUCGAUUUUCAGCAUCAACCGAGGAGUCAUGCUUCUGUGGUCAUCCAUUCCGGGUAGCAACGUGCUCACGACCUACUACGUCAGCGACGAAGGCUUCAAUGACAUGCCGGACGAGAUGCUCGUGAACAACGCGAUGCUGAUUCUCCAAAAGACGUUCCCGUACGUCUGUCCGAAGGAACCGAUCUCGGCGCAUUGCACACGCUGGCAUAGCGAUGAGUUCGCCUUUGGAAGCGGCACAUUCAUGUCUCUUCGGUCUGAGAUGCACCAUUUCGAGGAUAUGCGCACGCCCAUAAAGACGGAGGAUGGCAAAAACCGGCUGUAUUUCGCUGGAGAGCACACCUCGGAAGAAUGGCACGGAACUCUUCAAGGUGCCUGGAUGUCUGGAACUCGCGUGGCCGCCGAUGUGGCCAACGAUCACAACGGAGUCGGAUUCGUGGACACCGGAAAUGGAGAACAUGCGCCGGCUUCGAACUUCAGAAGAGCCCCGCCAAGAGGCCCCGACUUUGAGUGCCAGAGCUUCAACCACGGACGCAUGUCAAUGAAAGACAUCCCGUCUUGCCUGCCGCCACAAUCCAGACAAAUGUUUGAGAAGAUGAUGGCAAAUCCACGCGGCUCUUCCGCGCCGUCCCAAGAACUGGGACUUUUCUCGCAACCGCCUCCUAGCACUCAACCGCAGAACUCUGGAAGUUCCAGUACUGUCUCGCGAGUCUCCACUGGACGAAAUCCUGGUACGUCUGGAAUUCCUCCAGUUUCAGCUUCUAGCGGUGCUGGCAAGCGUCAAGCGCCCGGAACGAGCGGGUCACUGGCAUCGAGAGUGCCGGCUGAGAAACAACCGGGACCGUCAAGAACUCGAUCGGCAGUUGCUUCGACUCCGAAAGCUGGAACAUCGGGAACACCCAAAGCCGGCCCCAGCGGCUCGUCCAGCACCACCACAACUCCCCGCUACUCGACCAGAAGCUCGAUGGCCGGCAACAACGCUGCAAGGAACUCGGAACCGUCAACUUCGGAUGUCGGACCAUCUUCGUCGUCCUCGUCCACAAACCUCCGUUCCAGCUCACGCCGAAAGUGA